UAUUUUAUCAAUUUUUGUAAAAAACUACAUCCUGCUUAUGAAUUACCAUCCCCAACCGGCCCAUCAUGUAUAAUCGCUACCUGGGGAACUGUAUUUUUUAGUCUUACAUCAAUUUUUUUCCCUACGUGUAUUGCAAUUAAUCUGCAAAUAAUGUUCAUUCAUAGGUACAGGGGUAGACUUAAAUUAGAAAUGUUUUAUUUCAUAAUUUUGAUCGCUUUAGCCUCAAUUCUAUCAUUAGCUCUGUUCGCUGAUAACAUGUAUGGUUGGGAUGUGCCUGAAGCGGUGUGCUGGUACCGUGACUCAGGUACAAAAUUGAUGACAUUAUACAAGAAUCAAUCAGUAAACACCAAUAUUAGUGGCAAAACAAUUACAAGUAAACAUGAUAAGAAUGUUUUAAGGAAUAAGGCCAUUAUAUCAUUAGUGGUCAAAAGGGUUAUAUGUCAAUUUUGUGUUUCAAUACUGGCUACUGUCCUCUCAUUUCAAGGUUUUCUCAAUACCAUAGUUUUUAUGCAAGAUAUCACAGUUUCUAGAGCAUAUAGAUUAACAAAAUUAAACUGGUGGUAUAAUCACGUUAAUAAAUACGAAGAGUCAUAUCCCCAUUUAUCACGUAAUAAAGCAUUAGAUCCAUUAGAAUCGGUUGAUCGGGUUGAUCAUGAAUUAAAAGAUGAAAAUCAGAAACAAAGUCAGCAACAACCUUCCGUUGCCGAAAAAUUACGAUAUAAUUUGUUAACCUUAUUAUUUAGUAAACCAAAAGGAGAUGAAAU